GGCCCCUCUAUGAAUUAAGGGACUAUUUCUCGAUGCGCAGGGAUUUCUAAGAUUGCGACAUUGCGGUCAAAACAUGCAAACUGCACGUAGACAACAAAGUGUUGAAGAAAAUCUAGUGUUUUGAAAAUUUUAAGGACGUGUUUGGUUGGUGUUUGAUGGCAACAUGGAGUCAUCAAGUGGAGGAUCGAGUGGAACAACGAGUGGACCCUCGAGUGGAACAACAAGUGGACCCUCGAGUGGAACAUCAAGUGGCGGAUCGAGUGGGGGAUCUAGCAGUAUCCCAAAGAUCAUGGUGUUCAGACCCACCAUGGAGGAGUUCAGCAACUUCCCCAAAUACAUGGAGUACAUUGAGUCCCAGGGGGCACACAAGGCAGGCCUUGCCAAGGUGAUUCCUCCCCCGGAGUGGAAGCCACGGCGGAACGGCUAUGAUGAUGUUAACAUCACCAUCCCUGCCCCCAUCACCCAGAUGGUGACCGGCUGUCAAGGGCUGUAUACACAGUUCAACAUUCAGAAGAAAUCUUUGACUGUCAGAGAGUUUGAGAAACUUGCAAAUAGUGACAGGUACAAGACUCCUAAUCACUUUGACUAUGAGGAACUAGAGAGGAAGUACUGGAAGAAUGUCACGUUUGGAUCUCCAAUAUAUGGUGCCGACAUUUCGGGUUCUCUCUAUGAUGAAGAUCAAACGCUGUGGAACAUUAAUAAGCUAGGCACCAUCCUGGAUUACGUUGCCGGCGACUACGGAAUCCACAUUGAGGGAGUCAACACUGCAUAUCUCUACUUUGGUAUGUGGAAGACCACAUUUGCCUGGCACACAGAGGAUAUGGAUCUGUACAGUAUAAACUAUGUACACUUUGGGGCCCCCAAGUCAUGGUAUUGCAUCCCACCUGAGCAUGGUCGCAGACUGGAGCGAUUGGCUCAAGGAUUCUUCCCAAGCAGCUUCCAGGCCUGUCCAGCCUUUCUUCGCCACAAGAUGACCCUCAUUUCCCCACACAUUCUCAAACAGUACUCCAUACCAUAUAACAAGAUUACACAAGAAGCAGGGGAGUUCAUGAUCACUUUCCCCUACGGCUACCACUCAGGCUACAACCAUGGCUUUAACUGUGCAGAGUCCACAAACUUCGCCACAGAGAGAUGGGUGGAAUAUGGAAAGAGAUGCUUGCAGUGUGUGUGUAGGAAGGAUGGGGUCAAGAUCAGCAUGGACACAUUUGUGAAGCGGUUUCAGCCUGACAGAUAUGACCUGUGGAAGGCUGGCAAGGAUAUUGCCCCACAUCCAGAGGAGGACAAGAGCAGGCUCUCCAAAUAUGAUUCAAGGAAAAUUCAAGCCAACAGAGCAGGAACUGUUUGCACCAAACGUCACCCCGUAUCUAAACUGGAUGAUGUGAACAAACGUGGGCGGAAGAAAAAGACUAACCUGGAGAAAGAGGAACAAGCUGAGGAGAAGUCAGACACUGUUGAUGUCAAGGUAGAAGAGGGGGCAACCCCAGUGGAUGGAGAAGAGAAGAAGAAGAAAAAGAAGAGGAAGAAGAAGGACCCACAGGACCAAAAGAAUGAGACACUGGGUCUAUGGGGAGAUGAGGACAUGACAGAAAAAAUGAAGGAGGAGUUGAAUAAGCAGGAAAGAAUAAUGAAGGCCGAAGCUGCUGCUCGGAGGAAGAUAGAGUUUUAUCUUAAAGAUGUGAAGAAGCAAGAGGGUGAAGCAGAGGCAAAGACUGUCAAGAAAGGCCCUACUUCAUUCCAGGCUGCAUUUGAACAGUUGUUAAAUGAACCACCAAGUAGUAUGCCAGAAAGUCCAGAGCCGAUCACAAAGAAGAUUAAGAAACCAAGCCAGUCUCCACGUUCGGAUGGAGAACCGCCAGCUAAGAAGAAGAAAUCUGGGCAAGCUGUUCACUCUGUGAUUCCCCUGGAUCAGAUCAAGGCUCUGACUGCUGCCGGUGACAAGAUGGGAUUCCUUCAACAACUCAAUGACAUGGAGAGGAAGAAACUGCCCAAAAGUCAACUCCAGUCAUAUCUUCAACAAGGGAAUAACUCCAAUAUUACAGAGCUCAGACACAAAAUAGAACAAAUAGCAGCAUUGAAUGAACAAUUCAACUCGACAAGUUCUGCUGGUUCAUCAUCAUCAUCAUCACUACAUCAGGGAUCCCUCACUCAGAACGGUCAUGAUGCAUACUCGCGACCACUCCUCACAAGUUCGUCAACUCAAGAAGGUGCUUCCAACUGGUCAAGUCCUCCAUCAUCAUCUACACCUGGCAGUCUAGGGUCUGGUGGACUCAUCAACCAGCAAAGUCUUGUUGGUGUCCCAUCUGGAAUAAGACCAAUAGAGGCUGUCUAUAAGAAAUCACAACAGAAACGAACACUUUCCAAUAUGCACAGAAAGCCAGCAAAAGUUAUUCCACUCGCUAAUAUCUCACACAUACUUGGCUGUAGAAGUAUUUCAGAAGCUGUCGGUAGUGGACUUUCUGUACAAGCUGAUGUCCCUGCUCUGAAGUCUGUGUCUGUUAGUCCGCAGACAGCCCUCACCAGUGACACAGUGUUGUCAACCCCACCCCAUAACAACAUGCAUUCAUCUCACCUUCAGCAACAGCUGCAACAACAUCAGCAGUCAUCUCCACAACCACCUAAGCUGCAGCCAGUACAGAACCAACAGUGUCUACAAGACACCAUCCAUGAGCAUCCUCCUCAACUGUCACCCUCACAGCCGCCGUCUCUGUCUCAGCAAUCUGGGCUGUCCCACCUGUCUCAGCAGCUCCUGCUGCAGAAGAUGAACCCUGAGGAACUGCUCCAGCAGUACCAGCUCAAGCAGCAGAAGAGCAAGUCACAGCUGGAAAGACAGCAGCAGCUGCUGCAGAGGAUCCAGGAACAGCAGCAGUCUCCCUUGCUCAAGUCCCCAGCUUACAAAGAUUCCAAUAAAACAUAUCACCACCAGUCAGCUGUGCAGAUGACUGCCAGUCAAUUGUUGGCUUCUAAUGGACAGAUUACGAAGUCUAGUGCGACAUCACCCAAUCAGCAAUAUCCGGUCCUUCACAAGGCAGUGUCACCCCAGCAGCAGAGAAGUACGUACACCGUCCAGAAUGUCAGUCCCACAUUGGGCUCACAGCACCAUCCUCAGACCUCUCUGUCUGCUGGUAGUAUGUACCCCACUCAGUCUGCCGGAGUCGUUGUGUCUUCUGCAAGCGGCAUGAAUCACUCACCUCCAAGAACUGCCAUGCAGACAACACAGGUUACACCCAUGUCCUUGUCUCCACAGCAGCUAUUGAAAGCAUUGACUGCCCAGAACACUUCACAGCAGCAACAGGCAAAUGCUGUAAAUGUCCUUAAUAUGGGUGGCCAACAAAGUCAGAAAUCUGUGCAAAGAAGUAAUGUCAGCCAGUCUCAACAAAUAUCAGGUGUUCAACCUGUGACUAAUGUUCUCCGUGUUUUGUCUGGUGUCCCUCAGACUCAAAUAGUGGCAAACUCAGGCAAACAGCAGAUGUCCCUGCUGUCUCAAUCCCAAGCAGCUGCCAUCAAGCAGCAGCAACAACAGCAACAGGCUCAGUUCAUACUGCAGGGAGUUUCUCAGAUCCACCCUACAGGGACAGCCAUGACCACUAAACACAGGACUGUUGUGCAAGUGGGAGCUUCAAACACAGCGCCACAGGCAACUAUGUUAAGGACACCUAAUCCACCAAUACUUGCUACCUCUCAUACUUCCAGUGUGAAAUCUGUACCAGGUGUACACACUCAAGUGUCCUUGAACAAUAAAGUUGGUACCACGUUGAAUAUUCCCAGUGUGAUCCCUAGUGUCAAUGCUCAGCAGAGCGCCCAUCGGUUGUCAGUGCAGCAACAUCAUCAUGGAGCAAAGCAGAGCUCAGCAUUUGCCACCAGCUACAUAUCUGCUAGCACGACUCCUUCUGGAACGACUGUACUGUCUCCUGUCCAGAUCCAGAUACCUCAAGCCGAGGCAGUUCUACCGGGAUCGUACGAGUCCCCUGCUGCAUUCCUUGCUAGUGCUAAUCCUGUGCUCCCCAAUGAUGGAGGAAGUCUCUCCCUGCUUGCUGGAGCAUCCAUGUUGUCUACCUCAAAUACCAUGUAUAACAUGCAACAUGAUGGGUCAACACUUGGCUUGCAUUCUGCUUCUCAAAGAGACAUGUCAAAUGUGAACUCUAUGUUGAAUGGCGGUAGUAUCCAUCAAACCAACUCCUCAGUGAGCUCAAGAUUCCCUUCUCAACAGACUGGCGGUGUCAGUAGUGCCAUGUCCUCUUUCCUCACAUCAUCUAACAAUGACUUCCAGUCACCUCCGAAACUGACUUGUGUAAAUAACCAAUUAUCUAAUAUAUCUCAUGGUGUAUCAGUGUCUGAGCUGUCAAGUAGAAGCUCAAUGCAUCAGCUAGUUCCCCAGCCUAUAGUCCCUGCAACACAGGUCUCCCCAACCUCGCACUCCUCCGAGCCUGUCAUGCCCACCCUGUCACCUCAGCUCCACAGUUACGCCUUACCACCCUCCUCCGCCAACACUGUAGCGAAGAGGAGCCUCCACUCAAGCUUGUCUCAGAUGCAGCAUCAGCAGCAGCAGUCAUCACUUGCUGGUUACAAUGGUGUGGGAGACCACAUGUAUAUGUCCCAGUUGCCAGGGGCGCGGUCAAGUGAUGAGUACACUUCUGGUGAUGACAGCCUGCUUGGGCGUGGCUUCCUGGAUGGACGAGGCGAUGGUAUCAUGCAGUCCCCAUUCUCAGGUAACAAGGAUUCUUCCAGUGGUACUAAAGGUACUGAUUCCAUAGCAUCAUCUGACAGCUCGGAUACAACCAUCUGUACAAAGAAAACUAACAAACACAAAGCUAGUAAACAUAAUAAGUUAGAAUCACAGAACAACACUCCAGUAUCACUUACAUUGUUACCUUCAUCCAAGAAAGAGUCUGAUACCAGUAAAGCAGCAAGAAAGAAGAACUCCUCUACACCUAAAACAGUCAACCCUGAAGAAUGUUCAGACAGUUCAAGUGAGUCCAAGCCCCCAGCUACUGUUGAACUCACAGAGCCGUGGGCCGCACCCAUUCGAGCACUUUGGCAUGAACAACCCCUCAAUUUUGAAGCUGAGAAGAACUUCAACAAGUUUCUGUCCCACAGAAGCCCACACUGUGCAAUAUGUGCAGUCUUCAACCCUGUAGAGAACGAGUUCCAAGGACUAGACUUUGCUGAUGUGUCCACCUUGAACAACAAAGUGAUGACCACAAUCCCAAACAGGUCCAAGCCCCUCGUACCCGAGAUAUGUUUCUCUGCCAGUAGUAACGACCCCAGUCCAUUUGCCAGCAACCCAAUACUGGAGACCGAUGGUCAAAGUCCUCUCCUCGUGUGCAACAAGUGCAACGUCUGUGUCCAUGCCAGCUGUUAUGGUGUUGUUGAAGUGAAUGCAGAGGAAGUUUGGCGUUGUUCACGCUGUGUCAACCACAUAACACAAGCAGACUGUGGCUUAUGUUUCCUGCGUGGUGGUGCACUCAAGCCUACCACCGAUGGCCGCUGGGUACACAUUGCUUGUGCUCUCACCACCACCGAGGUCAAGUUCCUUGAGAUCGAGAAAAGAGAACCUGUUGACAUUUCAAAGAUCCCCCCUGCAAGAUUCAAACUGAAAUGUGUGUACUGUUCUCCAAUGACCAAGAGCUGGAGCCGGGAAAACACCUGUGUCCAGUGUUCCAAUGGUCGCUGCACCACAGCUUUCCAUACAACCUGUGCCUUCGUUGCUGGGGUAGUGUUCGAGACAAGUGACUGGCCGUACCCUGUCUACAUCACUUGUCACAAGCAUGCCACUGCCCCCAAGGACAAGAGCCGGACACGUCCUGUGACUGAAGUCAAUGAGGGUGACCGGGUGUUGGCAAAGCACAAGAAUGGUCGCUACUAUUGGUCUGAGGUGACGGACAUAAAGAGACAGACAUACUAUGAAGUGGACUUUGAGGAUGGAUCUUUCAGUGACAAUCUUUUUCCAGAGGACAUUGAGAGUCGAGACUGCCGGCGGGAAGGUCCCCCGGUGGAGGGGCAGGGGGUGCAGGUGCGGUGGACGGAUGGGGAGCUGUAUGGGGCGGUCUUCAGGCAGGUCAACUGUCAGGACAUGUACACAAUCGAGUUUGAAGAUGGGUCUGUGAUGACGUACAAGCGGCAGGACCUUUGGGCCGAUGGGGAGGAGCUGCCCAAGUAUGUCAAGUCCAGAAUGUCGGCAGCCACAGAGAGGAAAUAUGACUGCUUUUAUUCUGAGGUUGUGAAAGAUAAGAGACGACCAAAACACAAGAUAUCUUAUCUGAAGAUGUUGGGAUAACAAGUGACACUCACAAAUUCAAGUUGAGAUCUGACGAUACUGGUAGAGAGUAUAGCAUGUCUCAUACAAACUGCAGCGUACACUCUGUGGACAUCCUUGCAUUCCUUCAUCUGAUAACGUGUCUGUCUUACUACUGGGGAUGUAACCCUCUCACAAGUAGCAAAGUGAUAACUGCUAUGUGAUUGUUUGUAUCAUGUCAUACACGUAGAUAGGAGGAAGCAAAGUGUUGGGGCUUGUAUCGUCACACCUCCAUAUUCAAGUGCAGCUUGUUAGUUUUCAGGUAAUGGUGGGAAGUCCCCCCACUGAACUCAACAGGACUUCCACCCACAGCCACUCAUCUUGGAUUAUUUAAAGGCAGCAUUAAGUAUUGAUGUGUUUGAUAUCUUCUGACCAGAACCUGCAUCAGCCUGGCCCUCCCACUGCCGAGGGAGGGUGGGUCGUCAGUCUGGCCCUCCUUCCUACUUUUGAGCCAGAGAUUGGCAGACAUUUCUGUUUGUAUUAAAGAAAAUUGUUGUAUCUAAUAAGACUUUUUUUUAAGGUAUAUUGUAUCUUCUGCCCUGUACUUAAGGGGACAGUUGAGGUGGAAAUCUUGCUGAUGUCAUGUCUCUGAUACUGUGGUGAGAAGCUGUUAUUCACUGAUAGACAUUCAUUGUCCUCAACCCCUUCUGCCAUCAGGUACAAUACUCUCUGCCCAACAAGAUGAAAGAGAGGGGAGUUUCUGAUGUCUGUACAACCACCAGAUAUUUGUCAAGCAUUCUGGGCACUGAUAAAAUCUUUUCAUGUUUAGGAUAAUAUUCGCUGUAAAGGAUUAUCUGGUUUUGCAAUUUGUUGAACUGUUUUGAAAUUUUUAAUCCAAACUAACCCAGAUUGAACACAAUAGUUUGUUUUAUAGUUUCUUACUUGACACAUUCAUGUUGAAAAACCUGUCAUGGUUCAGGAACAAUCAACAAUCUGCCCUAUGUAUAUAUGUUUAAAAGUUAGAUUUCCAAAACUGUUGAUUGUUAAACAGGUGAUUUAGGCAAUGUAUGGCCAAACAAUGAUGUCACAUAAAACACAGAUGGAACGUGACUGUAUGUCAGGUGGAACAUCAUGUGACGCUCUGUGUUCGAUGGAACAUUAUGUGACGCUCUGUGUUCGAUGGAACAUCAUGUGACGCUCUGUGUAAGGUGGAACAUCAUGUGACGCUCUGUGUUCGAUGGAACAUCAUGUGACGCUCUGUGUAAGGUGGAACAUCAUGUGACACUCUGUGUUCGAUGGAACAUCAUGUGACGCUCUGUGUAAGGUGGAACAUCAUGUGACGCUCUGUGUAAGGUGGAACAUCAUGUGACGCUCUGUGUAAGGUCGAACAUCAUGUGACGUUCUGUGUAAGGUGGAACAUCAUGUGAUGCUCGGUGUUCGAUGGAACAUCAUGUGACGCUCUGUGUAAGGUGGAACAUCAUGUGAUGCUCUGUGUUCGAUGGAACAUUAUGUGACGCUCUGUGUGAGAUGGAACAUCAUGUGACACCAAACGUGUGAGAUGGAACAUCAAGUUGCUAAUGUUCCUAUAUUCAGAUGUUGACCUCUCACCUUUCUUAUUUUUUUAAUUUUGAUUUUGAUUUCUUUGGUUAAAGUUGUCCUGAUGAAGUAAAUAAUAGUUUGAGGUGUGUAAGUUAGGUUAAAAAAGCUUGUUAAUUAUUAAUGUUAAGGAUGGUAUAGUCAUGAUGAAGUUUUCUCCUGUACAAGAUAACUUUGUACAGGUAUCCGAGACAUGCUUGAUAUGGAACCUGCGACAGCAGUAGCGGAUUGUGUCAUUGUACAUAUCAUUACUCUAACAUCAUUUGUAAAUAAUGCAGCCAGGCCCUUUAGGGUGUUGGCACAUUGGUGUAGCCAACAUGUCUGUAGAAGUCCCAGCUUGGAGAGGCUGUUAACUACUCCAUUCCCUGUAUGUAGAUAGGCCAGUUUGUCUUAAAGACAACAUUCAACACACUGCCAAAAUUUGGAAGGAAAUCGCAUGUUCUAGAUGGCACCAUCUAAAUGUUUUUGCCAAACUUGAUAGUGGAGUUUUUCUCAUUCUGGAACAAAAUCUUGACUGUUUAGCACCAUUUUUUAUUUCAGAAAGUUUGAGUUUGUGGAUAAUUGUUAUUGAUGGUAAAGAUGGGGACUGCCAAGAUGUAACAAAUUUCCUGACAAAUGCGGCAGUAUUUUGUUAAUCGUCUUGAGUUACCAUGGUUACUAGCACUUCAUUAGUAGCUCUAGGAAUGUUAAUCCAAAACAUUUAGUCACACAGGGAGGUGAUGUUUUCCGACCGUGCUAUUGUCCUGUACUUACAAAGCAUAAUACAUUACACGAUAUAUCUACUUGCAUUUGGAAAGUACCUAUGAUAAUUCACAUUUGCAGAUUACUCUAACACUACUUUUAAAUGGCAUAUAAAGAAGAGCUGUAUUUCAAGAUAACAAAGGAAGAGAAUUAUCGGACAAAUAUAGUUGUGGGAAAAGUGCAAAGUAUAACAGCAUAUGAUUCAGUAAGGGAUUUUAUUUAUGUGAUAUUUAUGCAAAUAUACCAUUAUUCUUUGUAGAAAUUCCUAAUUUAUUACAUAUGAUUAUGUUUGAAACUUGUUGAUCAGUAUUGGUGAUAAACGCAGGUUGUAUAAAUGUGAGAAUUUAGCCCAGGUGAGAAAGGGCACAGUGUGUACAUACACCUUCAUACACCAGAGUAAAAACACUUUGUAUGUUUCUACUACUUCCAUGUUGCACAAGUUGAAAUGAUGUACAAUGUUUGCAUUUGCAAUUCACAUAAUAAUUUAUGACCCUUUACCAUAUUAAAUGUUGAUUGAUUGAA